ACUGUACUUAAAAUAAAAAAAAAACAUUCAAUAUUUUGUAAUUUAUUUUAUAUUUCUUCUUUUUCGCACUACUGAAUAGUUCAAUAUAUUUUUUAUUAAGUCCGUAGUGCUAGUGCAUAUUUUCCGUCGUGUCAUUCGAUUAAACAUUGUGUUUGGAUAUAUUUUAAUCAAACUGAAUAGCGUUGGUGUGGUAACAAUGAAAUAAAUUGGAAAAAAUCUGGAAAAAAUUUUUUGAAGAAUAACCGAAGAAAUCGCACAUUAUCACCAGGCGCCACACUAUAGUGUGACUAUUUCUCAAGAAACUACGUGACUCAAGUGGAACUUUGUUGGAUACGUUUCGGACAGGAGAAUGUUGGUCAUUAGAGUAUUUCAUGACGAUAUGUUUCAUGCCCGUUAAGAUUCAUUGAAAAGUUUCUGUUGCGUCGUCCUAAACGACGGAUCAUUGAAAAGGAAGAAAAAAGGAAUUUCCACGAAUCAAAGGAAUUCGGAAAUAUCUUUUGAGAGAUUAUAGUCAACAUGGGUGAUAAUCAAGACAGGGAGGAAGAACGACAUCGUUUGAACAGUGAAGGAACAGACGAGAUCUACAUAGAUGAGGAUCCGGUGCCUCCGCCACCUGAUGGUGGAUAUGGCUGGGUGAUAGUUUUCGCCUCGUUCAUGUGUAAUUUGAUUGUGGACGGAAUAGCGUAUACCUUUGGAGUAUUUUUACCAGAAUUUGUGAAAUAUUUCGGCGAAGGCAAGGGUACGAUCGCGUGGGUAGGAAGUCUCCUGAGCGGCAUGUAUCUAAGUGCGGGUCCGAUUGUUUCGGCACUGGCAAAUAAAUUUGGAUGUCGUGCGGUGUGUAUUGCCGGUGCCAUAGUAGCUUCAAGUGCCUUUGUUCUGUCGACUUUUAGUACGUCAGUAACAAUGCUAAUGUUGACGUAUGGCGUUCUAGGAGGCAUUGGUUUCGGAAUGAUUUACUUGCCGGCAGUCGUUGCAGUCGGAUAUUACUUCGAGACAAAACGAUCUCUGGCAACGGGAAUUGCUGUAUGUGGCUCUGGUGUGGGAACUUUCGCAUUUGCUCCACUUGCCAACUACUUGCUAGAAGUUUUUGACUGGAAAAAUGCCAAUCUUGUGCUGGCUGGACUCAUUUUGAACUGCGCUGUUUUUGGAGCGAUGAUGCGUCCCUUGGAAUAUCCGAAAAAAGACAAGCAAAAAUCGUUAAUGUUGCGAAUGUACGAGGAGAAAAAGGCACAGCUCGAACGAGGAUCUAUGGGUGGGUCAUUUUUCAUGGUGCAACUGCCAGACGGAACUAUGGAACGUCGAAUGAAAAUGCCAGUGAAUGCCGAUCCAGGAGUCCAUUCGAGUCUUGCGUUAGAUCAAAUGGCCUUGCACACAGUUCCUACAUUACCGACUAUUACAGAGUCAGUUCGGAGUCCGACAACACUUUCACCACCUGGCAUGAUUUCGCCAACGAGAUCUGAAGCUCGUCGUCAACUUCCACCAAGACGACCGACCCGUGUCUCGGAAUCAGAUUCAGUUGACUCAUCACAUCCAAGCGCCAAAUUUCCUCGAAACUCUUCACAACCAUCUUUUCCCACUAAUUCUCAAGGCAUAACGAAAAACGUGUCAACACCAAUGUUCGAAAGAACCCGUAAAAUUAGCCUGGGAGAACGUUAUAAGCCAUCUUUAGCCGCUAUCCGAGCAGCAUCUAGUCGAGACAUGAGUGAUACCGAAACAAUUUACAACUCUAAAUUAUCAGUGGCAAUCUCCCCCGAACGACCGAAUACAAUGGUUCGACCAUUAUCCCGCAAGGAUAUUUUUUAUUCCGGUUCCGUUACAAACUUGAAGGAGUAUCAAUCCCAAAAAUCACUGUCAGGAUAUCGAUUUUCCGUGCUUUCUUUCACUCAAUAUGAACGAGAAAAAUAUUUGGAACAACCGAUGCCCAUUCAACAGGAACCUGAAAAGGAUUUGUGCCCCUGUUUAGUGUUACCAGACGCUUUUAAGCAAGCUCUCAGUGCCAUGAUGGAUUUGUCAUUGCUAAAAGAUCCCGCUUUCCUGUGCAUCGGCAUCUCAAAUAUAUUUGGCAUGGCUGGACUUUAUGUGCCAUUCGUGUAUCUCGUAGACGCAGCUGUUCUCAGUGGCAUCGAUGUCAAGUCUGCUUCCCUUUUAAUUUCAAUAAUUGGAAUCACGAACACCGUUGGUCGUAUCGGAUGUGGCUACAUCGCUGAUUUUCCACAAGUUAAUUCCCUUUUGUUGAACAACAUUUGUCUCGUGCUUUCAACAAUAUCCGUUGCCGCAAUUCCUUUGUGCUCGUCGUAUGCGGCGUACGUUGUUGUUGCAAUUCUGUUUGGCUUGGCGAUUUCCGGUUACAUUUCUCUCACAUCAAUCAUCUUGGUGGAUCUUCUCGGUUUGGAUAAACUAACGAACGCCUUUGGACUGCUGAUCCUCUUUAGAGGUGCUGCCGUCAUUGUUGGAACUCCUCUGGCUGGAAAUUUGUACGACAUGACACAAUCAUAUGCGAUUCCAUUUUUUGUGGCGGGAGCACUUUUUGGUAUGUCCGCAGCCACGAGUUUUCUGGCUCCCUUUGCCAGUAAAUGCCGCAAAACGAAUGAGAUACAAAUGCCAAUGGACACCUUAACACCAAUCGAUGAAGAGCCUUUCGAGGAUGAUGAUGAAGAUGAGCCCAUCACGUUGGUGGCCAAAAUGAACAACAGUGUCAGCAACAAUCGUCUAGAAACUUUAAAUGAAAGACCUUUGACCGAAUUAAAGCCAAUAAGUGAAAGACGUUCGGAAGAAUCGAAUCACGGAUCGACAGUAGAAAAACCAGAAGCCAAUGGAAGUGCCGUCAAAACAAUUCAGGAAAAUGAGUCAGUUCUCUAAAUAAAUAGAAUUGACGAAAAAUCGAAAAAUGCCUUAAUUGGAACACAAACCACCACAUAUUUCUCUCAUUAGACAGAUUUUACUAGAUAUUAUAUUCACCAGUAGGAAAAAAUCUAUUAUCAAAUAUUAAAAUGUCGCUUUAAAUGUAAAAAACAAAUGAUAAAAUUUUUUAAGUCAAAAAUUAAUAAUUUUAAGAUUUUUAAAUUUAAAUAAAAUAAUUCUAUAGUUGUAUUGUACUUACGCGAAAUUACUUUGCUUAGGCGAAUAAAUUUAAUGUUUUAAUCUAGUGUUUCUAAUUGAAAAAUGUUGAGAAGAUAGAUUUUUAAAAUUUUUUGUUUAUUAUUUUAAAACUUUAGGUAAAAGAUCCAUUUAAUUUAUUUUAGUUUCUAAUCUUUACUGAAAAAUUCUUUUAAAAAUUUUUAUAUUUACAGGAUUUUUUAUUUCUUUCGUUUUAAUUGAAAAAAAUUGAUGUAAAUCAAUUUAAUCGCCUUAAAAAAAUUUAAUCCAAUAAAAUGUUUGCCAAAACGUACGU